AUGUCUGAUUCAGAAAGACAGAAUUUACAAAAAAUCAUAUAUCAGAUUGAACAGAAUCCAGAGAUUUAUGAAUAAAUAUCUGAAGAAUAAGUGCUUGGAAUUAUUUGCAUCAUUCUUAACAAAUCUUCAUAUCAUAGAUCUUUUGCGGAAAUGGAUAUUUUAAAAAAAGCAACCAAAAACAAUGAAUACUUUUAGAAUAUGAUAAAUCAACCUUAAGGUGAUUUAUUAUGGGAGAGGUGCUUGAGGAAAAUGACAUAUAAUUUUUUACCAAUCGGAUUCAAUCUUUUUAGAGAAGGAGAUGCUGGAACAACAUUCUACAUCAUUCUAUAAGGUCGAGUUUCAAUACAUAAGAAAUAUCAAAUAGGAAUUAAUUAAUUUGAAGAGAGAGAACUAACUCAGUUGCAUAAAGGAUAGUCUUUUGGAGAAUUGGCAUUAGAAAAUGAUGCUCCAAGAUCAGCAUCAGUAAAGGCAUUAAGUUCAACUCAUCUAGCUGUUUUAGAGAAAGAGGACUAUAUGAUAAUCAAAAAGACCUUAUCUAAUUAAUAAAAGCAAAUGUAUUUCGAAGAAUUUGCUAAACUGUCCAUCUUUUAAGAUUGGAAAUUUACAAACAUUAAGGGAUUGUUCGAUAAUGUAAAAUUUCAUUAAUUUGGACUCAACCAUCAAAUUUAUAAAGAAGGCGAUAUAUCCAACUUUGUAUAUUUUAUUUAAUAAGGGGAACUGAAAAAAUAGGUUAUUAAGUACUUAUAAUUGAUCAAAUAAAAUAAUUAAAAUUAAAUUUAAAAUUCUAAUAGUGAAAAAUAUGAUGAAAUCAACUAGCUUUAAGAAUUAAGUGCAUUUCAUAAGAAAUCAUUGACAAAUAGUGAAAAGAUAGAUGAAUUGUUUUAAAAAAAGAAAUAUGGACACUUGAUUUAGGUAGAUAAAAAACAAACCAUAACACUAAAAUAUAUUGGACCUGGGGAAAUGUUUGGAGAAUUAGAAAUUCUUAAGAAUUCAGAUAUUCCUCGAUAAGUGAGUGUCAUCACAACUCAAGAAUCAAAUAAAAUCUAUUCAAUACAUAAGAAAGAUUUUCUAAGAGUGUUGCACUUUGAUCAAGUUUUGCAUGCAAACUUAGUAUAUCUAAACGAGAAUAAGCUAAAAUAAAUUUUACAUCAAAUCAAAGGAUUCUAAAAAAAUUUCUUUGAUAAAUAAGAUAAAUAGCAAUUAUUGGAAACUACUCAAAAUAAGGAUUUUUUGACUUUAGAUUAUAAAGACUAUGAAGAAUAACAAUAAAAUUAGAAGAAAAUAAGUAGUUCAAAGAAAAAUAUUUCUCUAAGGAAUUUUAUUUUAGAUAAUAAAACAUAGGAUAUUGGUUUGACACUUUAAUAAAAGGAAUCAUACACCACUAAAAACUAGAAUCUGAUGUUUCAUAAGCAAACCUUGUCUGAUUUCAAAUUAAAUACCGAUAGAGCAUUAAAUACUAAUUCAUCUUCUAAAACAAAUUUAAAGGCAAAAUCAAAUAAUUAGAGUCCUGAUUCAUCAUCUAUUCAAUUAUUGAAAUUGAACUUAUGUAAAUAUCAGCAGACAUCCCCUCUUUCGAGAACACAAAGAAUGUUGAGUCCUUAAGAUUCUAUUUUUAGUAAAUCUUAAGGCUUAAAGAAGUUCUAAAAUAGUUAAAUUUAUUUCAAUAAUAGUCUACCAUUUAUUAUGUAAAAUAGAUAUAUCAGAAUUAAAAGCAACUUAAACAAAAUUUAAUGCAAUAUAUGA